CUUUGGUUCUUUCUUUUUUGCCCAAAUAUUUUGUUGGCCUGUUCAUUCUCUCUGCCAUAUAGAUGGAGCCUAUAUUUUCGAUGGAAUAGCAAACUGAAACUUUUAUGUUUCUCAGCAGUAACGAUACGACAGAAACCAAGCUAAGCUUGAAGCUGUUGAUUGAUAAAAGGGCCAAUAAAGUCCUCUUUGCUGAAGCUGGAAAAGAGUUGGUGGAUUUCCUAUCCCACGUCCGGUCCUUGCCUGUAGGUACCUUUAUCAGGCUCCUCAAAAGUCAAAACAUGGUUGCCUGCAUGGACAACGUGUACCAGAGCCUGGAAAACUUAAAUGAAGCUUAUGUGCAGCCCAAUCAACAUAAGAAUUUUCUCUUGAAACCUGAUAUGCCAUAUGUUGUAACCAGUGUUCCUCCCCUGUUGCCUGACACUAGUCAGGAUCCAGCACAGAGAAAGUUCUAUACAUGUGCAAACAAUCAUCGUUACGUGAUAGACAUUUUAAACGCAAUUUGUCCUCCCUGCAAGUCUUCAAUGCCUAGUGAAGUGACUUUUGUUUGUAGGAAUUCUGAUAUGGCGGGUUCAACUACUGAGGGAGGUAUUGAGAAGGGCUUGGCUACAUCCAUGGUGAUGGAUGAUUUAACGAUAACACCAAUGUCAAUGAUUUCUGGUGUUGCUAUGCUAAAUAAGUGCAAUGUUAAGGAUUUCAGUGCUCUUGAGGAAAAAAUGGUUUGAGUUCAGCAUCAACGAGAUUCAAUUCAGUAGUUUAAAUGGUCUUUUGACUCGCUCAUGCCUUCCUUGACCUUACUUCUGAGUUAUGGGGCCACCAUUGAUGGAGCAGCUGUGUUCCUGGUCAUGGAGUAGCAUUUGGACCAUGAUGCCGAGUUUUACAAAAGCCAACGACUAGUAUUUGCCCCCAGUGAAAGUACUAGUUGAAUGAGGCCUUAAACCAUGCAAUAGGAAAUAGCUUUUUGUCCCUGUAAAUUCCACUAUGAAGUUCAUAAUUCAACCCUCAAUAAACUCAAGCUCCAGUUGCAGUUUAAAUAGGAAGAACGACUGCCAACAAUGAUUAAUGAGCAGAGGGGAGCUGAUUAUGGGUAAGAACUAGAUAUCCCUGUUAGAAAGGGUGAUGAUGUCCUAAUCAUGCAAAGCAGCCAGAUCAGGGGCAUGAUGCGCUUCUCUACAUGCAUAUUU